AGCCAGGGCCAGGGGGUCUUCCUAUUAAGAUACACACCCAUGUGCCUGGAGACCUCUAACAAAGAAUGGACCAGAUGCUGUAAGACCCCAUUGUAUUGGAAUGGAAUGCAUCGUUUCCUAUCAAGGCAACCCCGUUUUACUUUUGGGAUACAAUGAAGGUUGAAUGCGGAAUGUGUUUGUUUGGUGUUGGAGGAGCAUUUCAUAACAGAGCUUCUCAUCAUAUAUGGGGUGUUGGAGAUUGGCUAUCGACAUGAAUCCCACACAUUCUUCUCACAAUUUGACAUUCACCAAUCCCUUCAGACUGACCAAAAGCUAUCAAAAGCUCGUUUUGAGAUGCGUCCUCGCCGUUCCACGCGUGCUCCGUACCGUGCGUAGGAGGCGUGGGCUUCGCUGGAGAGCCGACUAUUUACACGGACCUUCUCCGCCGUGGUGCCCGAGGAAGACGACCCCAUCAGGGAAAAGAGCUACAAGAUGCAGCUGGAUGGACUUGAAUCAGAGAUCGCUUAUGUGUCCCUCACACAGGUCAUCGCCCCAUUCUGCCUCUUCACGGUGGUCAUGUCCUUGGGAAGGAAUUUGGAUCUGGAUUUGGAGAACAUGGGUCUCGUCUUCGGCGACACCAACACCAUGCCGCUGAUCGUCACCGGCAUCGUUUGGUGCAGAGGCAUCCCACCCAGUCGCAUGAUGCGCAUCUCCAUGUGGCUCCUCCUGGCCGCCUGGUUCGUUGCCACCCUGGUGUACCACCUGGUGACCUACAACUGGCGCUUCAUCGAAGAAGUUUGGCUGAACCAUAUGGUCUUCGUGACCGUGAUGUCCUUAGCUCUUCAAGUCCGGCGGUCCUUCAUCGUGGCCAGUAUGGUGCUUCACACCUGCUUCUUCUUGUCACUGACCUUGAUCAAUGGCUCCGAGAUCUACGUCGAUGGCGAGAGGGUGGUAGGCCCAUCCCCAGGCUCGCAAGUCUUAUUAGUGAGUUUGGUGGUGCUUUGCAUCAAUUAUAGCCAGGUGCUUUCACAGAUGGUUUCGAAGAAGGCCAAUGCGGAAUACAACUUGGUCCAAGCAGAGGUGCUGCGCGUCACCAUGGAAAAGAGGGCCUUGGAUGCGGAGGAGGCCUCACGGCAGAAGGAGCAGGCCGCCAUCCUGGCACGCGCGGAGCAAGACGCCAAGGAGGCGCUGAACCAGGCAGAGAAAGCAGACGAUCGGCGUGUGGCCGCCGAGGCAAAUGCGCAUCUCAUCCAGAAGAUGCACGACGCCAUGCAGAACUUGCUGUUGAUGCUUUGUGACGCCGUGGUUGAAGUGGACAGCGAGCUGAACAUCUUAGACCAGGGGAAGCUGGGCUUGGUGCUCUACCAGCAGCAGAAGGAUUUGAAGGGCCGGUGCUUGAUGGACUUUUUGCGACAGGAAGAUGCUGAACACUUCAAGGAGCGAGUGGAUGCCUCUGAAAAGCAAAACAUCCCGGUCUCUGUCACGAUGAUCGGCUCCUACUCGAUGAAGAUCCGUGUCACGGUCUACUCAACACAGAUUUGGCAAUCCGAUGGCUCUUGCACCUACGUCCUGGGAAUUUGCGAGUCGGAGGAGUUCAGCCAGAAACACCUGACCAGUGAGGCUGAGGAGACACGGGAGACGGACUACUUCAGCCCAGUAGGGUGGAGUGACCGGGACUCAGAGGCCUCCAAGCCUUCAGGCUCCGCCGGUUCUCCGGUCGAUCUGGCGCCGAUUCAGCCCAUGGAGCCCGAGGAGCGUCUUCAGUCGCUUUUGCCGCUGCUUUGGUCAUGGCCGGUCCCGGCCCGACCUGGGUGCUGCGAGACACAUCGCUUGGUCGAUGAGGCCGUGGAGCUCAUCCCCAAGUUGAAAGGCUUAGAGUGCCAGGAGGCUCCACGGUGCCUCAUCUGGCAAUGCCCUGGCUGCAAGCUGAAGGGCGUCCCAGGUGAGCGCGACUUCUACCGCCCUUUGGAGAAGACGUGCGGCAAAUGUGCCUCAUGGGACAUGCUGCUUUAG